CUAGGUGUUCAAUUCAAAAUUAUAACAUGGAGCAGCAAGGGGACUACUCAAAUCCCACCUCACCAGGUUUUUCUGUUUCACAAAAUAGCGAGUCGCAGGUUCAAAUUCAAAGCAACAGUAUGUGGAGCGGACGUGUGAGUCCAGACCGUUCACCUGUGGAAGGUCCACAGAAGAGCAAUUUUGGGCCAGCUGCAAUGUCAAGUGAGGAACUAAAGAUCCGAGCCGAACUAGAAUGUGAAGUCGAAAGGGAUUUAGAAGAAGAGAUUAAAGAUGGGAUAUGCCAUCUUGCUCUUCGCCUACAUCGUCUGUAUCAACACCAAAAGGAAAUAGGUGCGAGACAUUCAUCAACCAAGGGUGCUGAAUUUCAAAACGAAGCAAGGGAUGUAACAUUUACUGAGGUGAAUAUAACGAUCCGGAUUGAAGGAGGAUCCAAAUUUGAAGUACAUGAAAGCAAGAAAGAAAUUUGCAACAAGGGUUACACCCAAAAUAAAAGAUUGGAAGAUAAGAAAGGUAAGAUGGGUCCCAGCACCAAGAAAUUUGAUUGGGAAAGGACACUCAGAUCAGGAACAAGCUCUGUGGCCAUUGUUAAGAAAGUCCCUGAUAAAGAUCGAGCGACAAAGACCGGCCAUGAUGUCCAUCGACAUGCCACAAAGGAUGGAAGAAACUUGAUUAACGGCUCAGAUCAAGGGAAGAGAAAAAUACGUAUGAAGCAUAACAAAUUACUUCAAUUGGAGUGGAGGAAUUGAGAGACAUCACACUGAAGAAUAAGUGCCCACUGAGGCUUGUGCAUACAUACUUCCCACCCUCCAAAGGUGGUAAUUAAAAAUGAAUUUGAAAAUGGGAAAUGCGUUGGGAUUCCAACCAGUUUUCUGACGGUGGGAUGUAGGUUUGCACAGUCCUUUACCUACAAUAAGUGAUAUGGUCUUGUUUUGUGGGCUCCAUGUGUGUGCAACAAAGCUUUGUUUCGUAGUUCGAAGAGAUUGGAAAUGCAUGCUUUCAUUAUAUAAUGAGAAAGAUAAUGUAAUAUUGCAAU